AUGCGUAAACCCCACAAGAAAUCUCGGCUUGGCUGCCAAACCUGCAAAAGAAGAAAGAUUAAGGUUAGUAGUGUUGACUUACCCAGCCGUCGCUCAUCCCAUUUCAACCUAGCCUUUUCUUUCUGCCUACCCGAGUGCGACGAAGUGAAACCGCAAUGCGGUAAAUGCAUUCAGUUUGGUGUCUGGUGCGACUUCUCUCCUCAGCCACCACGACCGCACGCUUCUCCUUAUCCCCGAUCCGAAUCUCAACCACGGGGCCCAGGGCGUCCCAGAUCAGACUGGGAAUCUUGGGCUGAGCAGAUUCAAUGUCACGCGGCUGAAUCUGCUACAGAACGCUCCGAGCAUCUAAAUACUAUGGAUCUUGAGCUCUUCCACAACUACAUGACCAAGACCGCAAACACCCUUCACGACGGCACGCAACCCCAUCUUUGGUCCGAAGGUGCGCCUCGAGUAGGAUUCCAGCAUAACUGCAUACUGAAACUUAUACUCUCGUUAUCAUCAUAUCAUCUGGCCAAACUCAAACCUAUUGAUAAGCCCCGAUAUUUAUUGACUGCGGAAACACAUUUGACGACUGCGUUGCAGCCAGCGACGGUAUUGAUUAGUCGCCUUGGUGGAGCUAAUAGCCCAGCUGCGUAUUUGACAUCCGUGCUAAUAUGCUUUGUGGCUCUUGCUAAAGGUCCGAGUCCUGGGAAUAUUCUUCUUACCAAUAUCGAAGGGCACGUUUCAUGGCUUCAUCUCCUUCGGGGCGUACGUUCUGUCGUUGAAGUAGCAGGCUGGUCAGGGAUAUUUUCGGGUGUACUGGCAGAAUAUGCCCCAAUACCCAGCGGCGAUAUUACAGAAGACAGCACAGCGACCGACACAGCCUUGAUGGUCGAGGGCAUCGAAGACUGGCGCUCUUCCUUGACAGAUAUCUCGCAUGCGAUUAAUGGAACUACCGAGGGGAAGCUCAAAAACGCUUACGAACAUGAGUUAGGAGCACUCAAGAGCUGUUUUGAAAGGACGUUUGGCAGGAGGAAAAACGCUGCUCUCGAUGCAGUCGGCAAGCUUGAAGAUGUUAUAGGCUGGAUUUACCGGCUUGAAGAUGAUUACAUGGAAGGGUUGCGCCAAAGAGACCUAAUCCCGAUGGUCAUCUUGGGACAUUUCUGUGUGUUACUUCGUACAGUUGAGGUCCGACAUUGGUUCAUACACGAAUGGGCAUCCCAUAUUAUGAAGGAGAUCCUCGCUAUCUCCCAAGACUCUCGUCAGUGGCUCUCCUGGCCAAUCUCAUAUCUCAACUUACAGGAAUAG